AAGGCGGUGGCGUACAUAGAUUGAGUCAGACAAACGAUCUUGUCAAACAUAUCUAGAGGGAGUAUCUUAAGUCAUGUUCAGUAACAUCAUCUACGUUCUGGUUAUAAUGUGCUUUUAGUAUUUCUUAUAUUAUGGAGGCUAAAUCUUUAGUUUUGGGAUGUUUUCUUUCAUUCGUUACCAUUUUAGUUCUGUUUCCAACACCAACUGAAGCUGGUGAAUGUUGCCAAUACCGAAGUUUUUUGUAUGGCCGCCGGACACGUGACUCGCAAUGGUGUCCAGUUUACUGUUGUUACUUCCGUUUAUCUGGGACUUAUGGCUGUUGUGGUGACAUAACAAUACGAGCACCUUACCAUGAUAGAUCAGCUUUCUGUAAAGAUUGGUUUACAUUCAGAUCCAACAUGUGGGCGCCGAUCUUAAUAGCCAUAAUUGCACUACUUAUUGUACUGUGUUGCGUAUUUGCCUGUUGUCAUUUAUGUUGUUUUUGUUUCUAACGAUGUAUAAUCUAAUAAAAUCCUAUAUUUUGUAU